AUGCCUUCACGUACCCAGGAGCACAAUCUGCCCAUCCCGGUGUCCAAGGCCUCCUUCGCCGCCACUCCGGAACACGGUCAGAUCCUCAACAUUGGUGGAAGCUCCCUCAAGGGCCUCUGCACUGACAAGCUCAACGAGACGCUCGCCGCAAUCGCCCUGUCAGGGGACAAGGACACCCCCCCAACCUUGCCCGAUGAGCUGCUCUAUGACGACAAGGGCCUGCUCAUCUGGAAUGACAUCAUCUCCAUUCCCGAGUUCUACCAGACCCAUGACGAGACUGCCCUCUUCGACAUCAACAGCGACGAAAUUAUCAGUCACAUCCCCAAGGAUAUAACCAUGAUCGACUUGGGUUCCGGCGAUACAACAAAGGUUGACCACUUUCUUGCCGCCUUCGAAUCCAAGAAACUCCCUGCUACGUACCUAGCUCUCGACAUCUCAAAAACCUCGCUAGACCAGAGCAUAGCGAGCCUGUACGCGAACCACUCCGGACCUGACUCCGUUGUCAAGUGUGGCGGUCUCUGGGGCACAUUUCAGGACGGCCUUGUCCACGUUGGCAAGAUAACGACGCCUCGUCUGUUUCUAUCCCUCGGCUCUGUGCUGUGUAACGACCCUUGGCCCGCAGCUCUGAGCCACCUGAGAAGCUGGGCAUCCGUUCUUCGGUCCGAGGAUAAGAUGCUCAUUGGCAUGGACGGCCAUCUGGUUGCUGAUCAGAGGGAGAAAAUCUGGGCUGCCUAUCAUUCCUGCGACGAACUCUUCCGCGAGUUCUUCAACAACGGUUUGAACAACGCAAACAAGAUUCUGGGAUACAAGCUAUUUGACGAGCAGGAUUGGGAUUUCCUGGCCGAGCUGGAGGAGAAGCCAACAACCCGCCAUCGCUUCUUCCUACGUGCCAAGAAGGACAUCCCGCUGCGGGACGACAACAGCGUCAUUUCCAAAGGCCAGGAAAUUGACUGGUUUGACUCCCACAAGUAUGGCGAGCAAGAUGUCCGCCUCAUGUGCGGCAAGGCUGGCCUGACGGUCAUCAAGUCUUGGGCGCCACCAGGCUCUGACUUCCGCCAGUAUCUCGUGCGUCUUAAAGACGAACGCGACAAUUUGGAGGACCACGACAGCGCCAUUUCUGGCUUCUAA